GCGAAUGGCAGGUGACGUGGAACACGAAACCAACACGAAGAUACGUCAAAUUGAUUUCAACGCAUUCAACACUUUCCAGGUCAGCACGCAGAACUCACGAACUUAGUGCACAUUUGCUGUUAAUUAAAAUUAGACAUAUAAAUUAAAAUGCCUGCUCCUGCAAGUUCCACAUCCGUUGGCAGCGGUUCACGCUCGCCCAGCAAAUUGUCGGCGCCACGUAGCGCAGGCGCUGGCGGCGGCAGCACAUUGAAGCAGCGAAAGACGACAACAACAACGGCGGCCAGGAGUCGCGCUCCAGGUGGAGCUGGCACUGGUGGCAUGUGGCGUUUCUACACAGACGAUUCCCCCGGCAUUAAAGUUGGACCAGUUCCAGUUUUGGUAAUGUCGCUGCUCUUCAUCGCCUCUGUCUUCAUGCUGCACAUUUGGGGCAAAUACAACCGUUCUUAGACAUUUUCAUCGUAGCAAAUAAAUACUUUCACCUCAACGAACGCGGCGCGACCCAAUUGUCAACGUCACCAGAUUUCAUACCAACAGUGGCCCAAACAACAACAACAACAACAACAACAAAUGAACAGUCGAAAUUGUCGCUGUUGUAUCUGCAUUCCGUUAGUUGAGGCAUUGGUGUUUUCCACUUGAAAUUAAUUAUUGUCUAAGCUUAAGUUACCCGUCGUUAAAUGAUAAACUAAACUUUAUACAAAAUAAUUUGUCAAAAUUUGCUAUCUAUCGACUUCUUUGCUACAAAACUAAUCAAGUUUUGUGGCAGAUAAUCCAUUCCACAAUUUAUGGUGGUCAUUUCGCGUCUUAUGGACGCAAUUCAAAAGCGUUAAGCAACAAAAUGAAUUUGGUAUUAAAAAAUGUGUAAAAAUGUAAA